UCCCCCCCCCCCCCCGCCCCUCUCUGACCGGUUGAUUGAUGUGCAUGUAGCCUCCCCGCGCGGACAAAAGUUACUAGUUCAAUGCUACGUAGAGUAGAUUAACGUCGCUGGCUUACUGGAAUUAGAAUCGGCAAAGUAUAAUUCUUCACACCAUUCGGUGUUGGAGGGUUCAUGUGACUGUAGUUGUGACUAUUUUUCUGAAGGAGAUAGAGACAAUGACUUUCAGCAGUUUGGGAUAAUGAAUGGACUGAAGUUGGUUCUACCCCAAGUUGAAGAUUCCUAUAGCUAUUUGAUGAAAGCUGCGUCACAAGCAUUACCAUGGUGCUCCGGACUACGAUCGGAGGUCGCCAAAAAAUGGCAGUUCAUGCUCAACAAAUUUGGCACUCAAGCAGAAGCCGGAUGCAAAGAUACGGCUGAGAUCUUUGCAGAGGGAGGAGUACUGGUCGUGCGCAGUCAAUCGUGUCCGUGGUCUAGUGCGAAUAUCCACCAUACCAAUCAAUGCAUAGCAAGUGACGCUUCUCAAUUCUACCAUAUUUUGGAGAACUCAUUCUAUUGCGAUACAACGCAUGCUGACAGGCAAGAUCUGAGGUGCAAGUACUGUGCGACGUUGGAGAAUGAACUGACGAACUCGAAAGAGAUGAAUAAGUGGAAGUGGGCUGGUGAGAGCUGUGAAGAUGCAAACGUCAAGCAGGCGAACCGAUACUUCGAGCCGGGGACAACGAUGCCGCUCAUCGACCACGACAACCAAAAGCAGAAAUAUGGUCAGGACGAGUGGCAGAACGGUCGAGCCUUGGUUCUCCUGAAACUGAAGGAACUCACCAUGCGUGCAACGCAGGCAGAGCAAAGAGUACACGAGCUCGAGCAGUUGCUGCGAGAUCAUGCCCUCGUGGGCCUCGACGACACUUGGGGAGAUUCCGAAAUGGUCACAUCUGCUUCUACAUACAAUUGCCUCAAUAAGCAGCGAUCAGAGAUGCUGGUCUGCAAAAUUGCAGAGUGCAACAAGGCCUUUAAGUCCAGCAAGACGCUGCGUCGUCACGUCCAGCAAAAGCAUUCCGACACCACCCGGUUUUUUAUGUGUAACCAGCUGACGGUGAACGGAGAGGUGUGCCACUUCGAGACGAUCCACUCAGGGGUGUUGUCGUACCACCGGAAGUACAGCUUGGCUCAUCACCGGAGAGAGGAUUGGCACAUCUUUUGCCCAUUCUGCCAGAUCAAAUUCGCCCGGCAGCACGAAAUGGAGCGUCAUCGUCGAAUCUGCAAGUUUCGGCCCGCUCCUUCUCGACCCUCCCCGCACUCCAAAGGAUCGUCCGUCCAGUCAACGGUGACUGAAAUGCCGUCAGAGUCGUGCCUAAAUCAUCCGCUGCAGCCAUGGGGCUUUGUGGUGCCCGACCCAGGACACCACAAUCACCAGAUUUUCAAGAUGUUUGACAGCAAAUUCAACAUUGAAUCAGGUAUCACAUAGUUAAGGAUAAGUCAACCUGUAUGUCCUCGGCGACUCAUGGCUGGGACGUUAGGUGUUUUGGGGUGACCCGAAAACUUGACCAUAGUCUACUUUUUGCACAAAAUAUACCCAUCAGAUACAAAACUUGACUUCAUUAUGCUGCCCUUUGCUAUAGCGUCUUUCAACCUGCAGAGCCUCGAACCUGAACUCCACAAUACAUGGCCUUCAUUGAAAUGAAACUUGCAUCUGGUUAGUUACAAUACUGACUGAGUUCAUUCGUAAUUAAGCAAUCCAUCUUGGGGGUGCUCUUUGAUACAA